GCCAGCCAGCGCAGCCUGCAGCUCAGCCCGGCAGCGCAGCCGUGCGCCGCGCCGGAGUUCGCGCUGGUGGCAACAGCGGGCGCUCCCGGGAGCCGGGCUGGCGGGAGCGCAUGGAGCCCUGGAAGCAGUGCGCCCACUGGCUCAUCCAGUGCCGGGUGCUGCCGGUCAACCACCGGGUGACCUGGGACACGGCGCAGGUGUUCGACCUGGCGCAGACGCUGCGCGAUGGAGUCCUGCUUUGCCAGCUGCUCAACAACUUGCGUCCUCACGCCAUCAACCUCAAGGAGAUCAACCUGAGACCUCAGAUGUCCCAGUUUCUGUGUUUGAAGAAUAUAAGGACAUUCCUUUCAUCAUGUUGCGAGAUAUUUGGGAUGAAGAAGAGUGAACUUUUUGAAGCCUUCGACUUAUUCGACGUCCGUGAUUUUGGAAAGGUUAUAGAAACAUUAUCCAAGCUUUCCCGCACUCCUAUUGCAUUAGCUGCUGGAAAAAGGCCAUUUCCUACAGAAGAGAGUGUGGAUGAUGAAGACAUUUACAAAGGCCUUCCAGAUUUAAUAGAUGAAACUCAUGUUGAUGAGGAUGAAGACCUUUAUGAUUGUGUCUACGGGGAAGAUGAAGGUGGUGAAGUCUAUGAAGAUCUCAUGAAAGCAGAAGUUGCACAUCAGCCUAAAUGUCCUGAAAAUGACAUAAGAAGCUGCUGCCUUUCUGAAAUAAAACAGACUGAAGAGAAAUACACAGAAACAUUGGAGUCUAUUGAAAAGUUCUUUAUGGUGCCACUGAAAAGGUUUCUGACGGCGUCUGAGUUUGAGACAGUUUUCAUCAACAUUCCUGAUUUGGUGAAAAUUCACAGGAGUUUAACCCAGGAUAUCCAUGAUUCCAUUGUAAACAAAAAUGAUCAGAACCUGUACCAAAUUUUUAUUAGCUACAAGGAGAGGCUGGUUAUUUAUGGGCUGUACUGCAGUCAGGUAGAGACUGCCAUAUCAUCUUUAGAUAAUAUCUCCAAGACAAAAGAAGAUGUGAAGUUGAAACUGGAGGAGUGUUCCAAAAGAGCUAAUAAUGGGAAGUUUACUCUGCGGGAUCUUCUUGUGGUUCCAAUGCAGCGAGUCUUGAAAUACCAUCUCUUGCUUCAGGAACUGGUAAAACACACUAAUGAUGCAACUGAGAAGACAAAUCUAAAACUGGCACUCGAUGCAAUGAAGGACUUGGCACAGUAUGUAAAUGAAGUGAAACGGGAUAAUGAAACGCUCCGUGAAAUUAAACAAUUUCAGUCAUCAAUAGAUAAUUUGAACCAGUCACUUUUACUGUAUGGGAGACCACAGGGCGAUGGUGAAAUAAAAAUAACAACUUUGGACAGACGGACAAGGCAAGAUAGGCACAUCUUCCUGUUUGACUUGGCUGUAAUUGUAUGCAAACGGCGAGGUGAUAAUUAUGAAAUGAAGGAUAUAAUUGAUCUUCAGGAAUACAAAAUAAGCAAUAACCCUACCACAGACAAAGAGAAUAAAAAGUGGUCUUAUGGCUUCUACCUCAUCCACAUACAAGGACACAACGGGUUAGAACUGUACUGCAAAACGAAAGAUUUGAAGAAAAAAUGGCUCGAGCAGUUUGAAAUGGCACUGUCCAACAUACGGCCCCAUUAUGCUGAAUCAAGUCCACAUGAAUUCAAAAUGCAUACUUUUAGUCGUGUGACAUCCUGCAGAGCCUGUCAGAUGCUUCUAAGGGGGACAUUUUAUCAAGGCUACUUAUGUUCGAAGUGUGGAGCUGGAGUCCACAAAGAAUGUCUGGGAAGGCUAGACAGUUGCAGAGCUAAUUUCAGUGAACAUGGGACCCUCAAGCAUGAGAAACGACCAAAUGGAAUUCGAAAGAGCUCCAGACACGUGGAUCCAGGUUUACCAAAAAUGCAAGUAAUUAGAAACUAUACCGGGAUACCACAGCCAUUUCCACAAGAUGGUCCUCCACUGCACAUCCAAGUUGGGGACAUCAUUGAACUCAUCAGAGGGGAUGCGCACAGCUUAUUCUGGCAGGGUAGAAAUCUAGCGACCCAGGAGCUGGGUUUCUUUCCAAGUGAUGCAGUGAAACCUUGUCCAUGUGUUCCUAAACCAGUAGACUAUUCUUCCCAGCCCUGGUAUGCAGGAACAAUGGAAAGGCUGCAAGCAGAGACUGAACUUAUAAACCGGGUAAAUAGCACUUACUUAGUGCGGUAUAGGACAAAAGAAUCUGGAGAAUAUGCCAUUAGCAUAAAGUACAAUAACGAAGUGAAGCACAUCAGGAUUUUCACAAGAGAAUGCUUUUUUCACAUCGCAGAAAACAGGAAAUUUAGAAGUUUAAUGGAACUGGUGGAGUAUUACAAGCAUCACUCUCUCAAGGAAGGCUUCAGAAGUUUGGAUACAACUCUGCAGUACCCAUACAAGGAAUGGGAAAAUACGCUGGACCAAAGGAGUAACCGAACAAGUAGCAAUGUGCUGAGUCCCAAAGUCCUUGGAAUAGCAAUUGCCCGCUAUGACUUCUGUGCAAGAGACAUGCGCGAAUUGUCCUUACUCAAAGGAGAUGUGGUUAAAAUUUACACGAAGAUUAGUGCCAAUGGCUGGUGGAGAGGCGAAGUAAAUGGAAGGGUGGGUUGGUUUCCAUCUACCUAUGUGGAAGAGGAUGAAUGACUUGCAGAUUUAGUGGGCAAUUUUGAUCAUAAACUUCAGGGACUGUGACAUUCAGACAUCUGCAAAGCGUUAUUCAACUUGUUAAGUAUUUGAAAUGCAGCACUUCAGUCUGUUGAAACCCUCCAGUCUUAACACUGGGAUUACUGAAGAAGUUUGUGUUGACAGAUUAAUAUCUCAUUCAGAGCUGUGCAAAGAAGAACCUGUCCACCUGCCACCACUGGGGACCAGAACAAAACUCUAACCUCUCCUUCCUGAAAAAUCAGUUCAAAACAGACUUUUAAAUGCUUCAUUUCAUUCCAUCCACAGUGAAUACCAAGUAUGGGUAGCCAUUUCCUCACCUUCUCUUUCUGUCUCUGUCUGUCUCUCUUUCUGUUAGCUAACAUCUCUGAUGGCAUUAGCUGAUGAAGGCUUACUUAUCACAGCUUAUCAGUGCUACCGGGGGGGGGGGGGAGUUUGAGCAUUCCAGUAGUCAUGUGGUCAGUAUUAUUUGUCUUGAAAUAUCCAGCAGCGCUAAUUAACCUUGCUGAUGACUGCACUCUCACCAAGGCGGCAAUUUCUACACACACUUUCUGGGGACUGAGCUUAAUUCAGCACAGUUCGGCGUGGCAUUCCAGAGUUGGGGAGAGAAAACAAAGGAAUUUAGUUCCAAGGUUAUUUUAACUUGCUCAGCUAAGAUUUUCCUUAAGUUAUUUCAUUAAAAAAUAGAAUUUGGAAGAUGGGUUGUGACAGGUCUGUUUGAAAAAGGAAUUUGAAAAGGAGUCUAAUAUUUCAGGGCCCUAACAAAGAAUAUUUUAAUAGAACAAUAGCUUUUAGCACACAUGCACGCACACAAAUACACACCCCUACCUGUUGUGUUUAAGUCUAUAUAAACGGACAUUAUAUGAACUGGUUGCCUUCUCAGGACAUUCAAGCUGUGUUAAUGGAAGGGGAACCAUUUGCUUUCAUUAUACAUAAAAACUGCAGUUGGAAGCCUUGACAAUCUCUGUUUCACUCUGCUUGUGUGGAGUCCCUAGACAACUGGGGAGAGAUGCAUGUGUGAAUGCAUGCGCGCCAUUUUGAUUCACCCCGAUCAUCCCUAAUGCAAACUUGUUUCAAAACAGAAUGCUUGUUCACAAUGCUAUUACUUCUAAGUGAGUAUUUGCCAAGGCAUCCUGUGCCCAGCAUUUGCUAAGACCACAACAAUCUGCCUUGGUCCAGGAGUUGUCUCUAAGAAUGGGAUGGGUGGAUGUUCACAGGUGUUAGUGUUCGAAAGGCUUUGCACCUCUUUUAUAAUGUAAACUAUUAACAUCAGCGGUUAUAUACCGGUAGUUUAGGGAAGUUCAAGGUGAUGUAAAUGUUACAUUAUUUGAAUACAUUAUUUGGAUGGAAUCAGCUACAGCGUUUGUAAAGGGUUCCAGAAAUGUAUUUAAUAUAAUGGCAUGUCCUUAAAUGUUAGUCUAGGAAUUCUCCCUGGUGCUUUUUUCCUGUAAUAACUAGUUUUGUCUGGUGGACUAGAUCCUUAAGUAGGCAAAAUGGCUUUACCAGGAGUUCUGGCCUGUUUUUUAAUGGAGUAGGGUUUUAUUUCUAGGCCUAUGAAACGUAAGGUGCCGUGUCAUCAGUGUUUAUAUGUCUUGCAGGGGAAGAAUUGGCUUAAAAGAAAGAUUAUAGCCUUUCAUCCAACAAUUUGAUGAAUAGCGGAGAGACAGCUGCCUUUGGAAUUCAGGAGCUGAGGGUACUUGGAGAAGUGAAGCCAUAGGAAACACCUCACUCCUAGUGGAAAGACUUCUGCAUUAACUUUUGCGACAUGAGGAGAGGCAGCUUUUAGUAUGCGCAACUGUGGUUGCCAGUUUGCACCCCAGAGACCUUCUCUUGCCUUUGCACCAGCAGCUGCCCUAGCCUGCUUGAGACUGGAUCCUACCAACUAUUCUCUCUUCCUGUCUGUCAGAACAAAGACUCCUCUUUGCUCUGGAGCAGGCGGAGGAGAAGGGGAGGGUGAACAAAGUUUUAGUCUUAUUUUAACUGCUUCAGAAGUGCUAAGAGUAAAACAAGGUCUCCGGAUUGUGAAUUGGCAAUCCAAUAUAGAUGAUUUUGUGGGCCUUCUUUUCCCAAGGCAGUGAAGGGGGCAGGUUCUAUUUGAACUGGAGCUCUGGGUCAGGGUUGUGUUGUGUGUUGUCUUUGUUUCGUGCCCUGUGUUGAAUAAGUUAAAUGCUGCAAUGAGUUCUAUUUCAAAUACCAAAGAUUUAGUGUGUCAGAUCCACUAUUUCUUUCAUUUUUCCUGCAACACUUUUCCUCUCUAUACCCAGUGAACUGGGACAGUACUUUAAUUUGUAAUAUUAUGUAAAUAUGUGAAUAUAUUAAUAAACUGGUUAAUUUCUUGUUAAA